AUGGUUUGGAGUUGGGAGAAUAAGGUUCUGGAUUUCGAUUCUUCCAGUAAUGCAGGCAAAAAUGAAGCCUCAUAUAUUAUUGCAAGUGGCGCAUUGGAUGGCACUGGAAGACCAAUUACAUUCGAAGGAAGUGCUAUCGAUAUUAGCAUACUUCUAUCGUAUCGAAGUUGUUUCUGUUCUCGUUAUGGGGCUCUCAACCUCCAAAUGUCGAAAUUUGGGGACUAG